CGAGAUCCGUCCCUUUCACUGUUUGUCGGUGGUGGUGCUAUUGCGCGUGUUGCAAGCGAAAACCCUCUCAGCAUCCCGGGGCAGGCAGCCGUACAACGGACCGACAGACGGAAAAGCAGAAACCUGCUGAGCAGCACAGUGAAGACAGCAGCAGCAGCAGCAGCAUCGGAGCGAAGCAAAAAAAAAAAGAAAGCAAAAGGGCAUUUCGUGACUAUUGUGUUGCCUUUUUGUUUUGUCAAAGCAAACGGCAACAAACGGCUACACACGCACAGGCAGCAGAGGGCAGUGUUUCGCGUGUGUCGCGUGGCGAUUUCGGGCAGCGGGUAGUGCGGUUGCGUUUCUAGUGCGUGUUUCGGAUCCGCGCCCCGUUAGUGCGAAUUAAAAAAAAAAGUUUACACAAAAGAAGACGCGCUCUCUCGCUCUCUCUCUCGCGCGCGCGCUUGUUCCCGUUCCCUCCCUGCCUUUCGUAAUACGAUUGAUCUCGGGCGCGACCUCACACAUACACACACGGUGAAGUGUGUGUGGGUUGAAAGGGUGGAAGUAGCGGGAGGCACUGAAGAAGCAAGAAGAGCAGCUCUUAUUCAGGCCCACCACCGUCGGCGAGGGGCAAAAAGGUUUUUCUUCUUCAGCCACACACUACGACGCGGGAGGAGGACGACGACCAGACCACCCACCCACCCACCUAUUCAGUAGCCAGCCUCUUUUGUGUGAUCCCCCACCCCCUCUCGAAGUGCGCGCGUCCCUCGCAACAAUUACACACACACACGAUCGAUUCUUGUGUUCUCUCUUCCCCGCCACCCGUCCGCGCGAGUGAAACAUUUCUCCAACCACCACUCCCCCCGCCAACCACCAAAACCACACAAACACAGGUGCUUUGUUUUGUUUCUUCUCCCCGUUAUUCUCCCCCUCUCUCUCUCUCUCUCUCAUCUUCACACCCACGCUCCCAUCUCUCUCCUUCGCACUCGUCUGUACUCCACGCCCCCUCUCUUCCAUCCCCUCGGGAUGCGCAGCAUCCCCCAUCCUUUCGCGUCCAUUUUUCUUUUCCCUUUCCCUUGCCACCCUCCCACCAAGAUACACCUUUUUUCGCCUUACAGGGUUUUCCAGGGGUUCUCAUAGUUGUGGGACACUUCCUAAACUCUUUCCUAUUGGAAGUGAAUUUCAUAUAUGAUGGUAAUUGGAGUCUAUGGCACCCUUUUUGGACAGGCUCCUUGUAAAUUCCUGUUGGAUUUGUCCAACAAGGAUGCUAUAGAGUCCUAUUCUCGUUACAUUAAGUUCAUUUCACGUAAGAAAGACUCAAUAAAGCGUCCCAAAGCUAUGAGAACUCUUGAAAAACCCUGUAUUACCCAUUCUCCUCCCCGCCCUCUUCAUCACCACUUUUUUCCUUUUGAAAACCUCGAUGCUACACAACCAAAAUUUCCGGCCGAGGAUGGGAAAAAGUUUUCCCACACCGAGCCCCGUUCCCUGGCGGGUUCGGGCCAGGCUUAUUUUGUUCAACUAUUGCAAGCGCGUGUGUGGCCGGUGCAGUCGGCCGCUGUGUUGUUGUUCGAAGUGCCGCGGCGAACCGCGGAUCCGCAGUAGGCGUGCAGUGCAAGUGUGCAAACAGUGAUGUGCCAGUGUGCAGCCCGGUCCGCCGGUCCGCGGGGUCCCGAUGUCGUCCAAGCGGAAAUCCCCCCCGAACAAGCUGUCGAAUGCGGUGACGGUCGAGAAGAACAACUUCAAGAAGAUCUCGCUGAAGAAUGAGGAGUUCCUGAAGUCGUCCCCGGUGAAGGAGCUGAACUGCACGUUCGACGCGAACUUCCUCGCGAUGCAGAAGAUGAGCGCCGACCCGAAGUAUCUCAAGCACGACGAUCUGCUCGGCCCUCGGCACGACGAGCAUCUGCUGCCGAUCGAGCACGACUUCCACUACAACCUGCCGUUCCUGAACGUGGCCAGCUACAUCCUGAAGGGUUCGGAUCCGGCGCUCAGCAAGGCGGACAACUUCCAGCUCACGAUGAACCUGGACAGCCUGAACAUCUCGAACAGUGGGCACCAUCAUCACCACAACCACCACCACCAUCACCACCAGGAGGCGACACCACCGUCCCCGGUGUCGCCGUCGUCGGUGGCGGCGGCGGCGGUGGCGGGCGCGGCGGCACCAGCCCCGAAGCUGCCCCCGGGCGUCCCCAGUGCGCCGCGCAAGCUCAACAACAUGAUCCUGAACCACCUGAAGUCGAUCGUGGACAACUUUGACAGCUUGAACAACAACGUUAAUGACAAGAGCAACUAUGGCAGUGGCGGUGGUGCAUCGAACUGUCAGGGCGACGAGUUGCCGGCACACAUGUCACCGCCGGUCGAGCAGCCGCCGGUGCCGCAGCUGAACAACCAGUACGCCGAGAAGAACAACCUGGAGUCGUUCCGGUCGCGGCUGGACGAGCGCAUCACCAACCUGCAGCUCAGCAUGAGCGAGAUCUACCUGAUGCGGCUGAACCUGAGCCUGCUCGACUUCCCGAACGAGAUACCGAGCACGCUGCUGCACAAUCACAGCCAGCCGCACCACGGGAGUGCGGAGGAGCCGGCGCCGAACCGGAACUGCAGCUCCCAGAACACGCAGAACAACAUCAAGCUUAUCAAGAGAAGCUUCAAGGAGUCACUCUACGAGAAGGAGAAGAACAUCAACCGACUGAUCAUGUACUUCACGAUAUGGCGCGAGAUGCUGCUGAAGGCAGAAUUUGGCGAGAACAACCGCCGCUACAAGCAGAACAACAAUUCCAAGAGCAACCUCGAGCAGUCGCUGCUGAGCGGCGGAAGCGUGACAGCUGGCGGCAGCAGCAGCUCCUCGUCCGGCCUGCCCUGCGAGCCGCCGGCCCGGCUCGUCCCGGGCGGCAACGGGAUGUCGCCGGCGGCCUCCUCCACCGCCUCCCUGCCCCCCGCGACGCCCACGGCAGCGAGCGGGGUUGGGUCGCCGCACCGCAGCACCUCGGCCGGCGGCACCAGCGGCACCGUGAUCGACUGUGAUAUAGCCGGGCCGGGCGAGCUGGCGACCGAGCCGGACAACUGCAUACGCCGGUACCAGAACGUGUUCCAGUCGAUCGCCUGCAAGAUGUCGGGCGGGGUCGAGUUGGGCGGCGGUGGACAGCUCGUAGGACAGCAUCCGGGUGCCGGCGUCUACCAGACGGCGGGCAGCAGCAGUGGUGGCGCUCCAGGCGGCAGCGGAGGAGGGGGAGGUGGCAAUAUGAGGCGCAAUCCACGCAAACGGCCCCACCUGAUGCCGCCGGAGGCCGACCCGGAGCAGAUGCUGCUGUCGAAGCAACCGAUGCUGGCGGGGCCGCCGCUGAACUGCACCGGUGCGGCGGGCGGGCCGGCCCUCACGCUCUACGACGAGUACGAGAAGGCGAAGGAGGAGGAAAACCAAAGAUACGCGAAGGAACCGGACGCACCGAUCAAUCUGUCCAAGCGGAAACCGUCGCGGGACAGUCCGCUUGCGUCGCUGGAGCUCAGCAACGGGGCGAAGCUCCCCGGGAUGCUUCCCGGGAGUAGUGGAGGCGGUGGUGGUGGAGGUGGCGGAGGUGGCGGAGGUCCGUUUGGACCGGCCGGGCUGUUUGCGGGCUGCGAUACGGACGAGCUGAACCACCGGCUGGAGCUGAUGUCGGACAAGGUCGGGCUGCUGCCACCGACGGCCGUCGCGCUGCUGGAGAAGGAGUCGGACAAGUACUUCCUCAAGUCGAAGCGCGACCGGCUCGAGCUCGACCCGAACCACCUGUUCGACUACCCCGGCCCCAGCCCGGACGGGCUGCACAAGCACGCCAAGCUGAACCUGUACCACCAGUCGCCGAGCCCGCACCACGGCAGCCCGGACGACAGCAAGCAGGGCGGGGGGCUCGGGGGGCUCGGCGAGUCGCCGUACCCGCUGGCGCAGCAGUUCUUCAUCAAGGCGGGCGACGGUGGACCGGGCGGCCCGGGACUGUCACCGUUCAACAGUAACGCGAUGAUCGACAACAUGAACCGCCAUCUGAUCCAGCGCCAGCAAACGAUGGCCGCCGUUAGUGGGGGAGCUGCCGGCGGCGGUGGUGGUGGUGGUGGUGGUGGUGGAGGUGGCGGCGGUGCCGGUGGUGGUGGUGGUGGUGGCGGCGGAGGCGGCAGUGGCAAGAAGGACAAGGGCCUGUCGCUCGGCGGCAUGGAGCUCGGACCGGACCUCGGCACGGGCCGGAGCCGCUCGUCCAGCACGGAGAAGAACCACAUCAAGCGGCCGAUGAACGCGUUCAUGGUGUGGGCGAAGGACGAGCGGCGCAAGAUACUGAAGGCCUGCCCGGACAUGCACAACUCCAACAUCUCCAAGAUACUGGGCGCCCGGUGGAAGGCGAUGACGAACCUGGAGAAGCAGCCGUACUACGAGGAGCAGGCGAAGCUGUCCAAGCAGCACAUGGAGAAGCAUCCGGACUAUCGGUACCGGCCGCGGCCGAAGCGCACCUGCAUCAUCGACGGCAAGAAGAUGCGCAUCUCCGAGUACAAGUGUCUGAUGAAGAACCGGCGCCAGGAGAUACGGCAGUUCUGGACGCGCGACUACGACAGCGGCACCGACCAGAAGUGCCCGAUGAAGGACGCGGGCAAGGUGAUCAAGAAUGAGGCCAUGUAAAUUCCAAACCCCCUUUUGUGGGGGGAGGGAGGGGGGCUAGGGGGCAGAUCGUAUACCAACAGCUCCCAUACGCGGGACCGGUCAUCAACGUCUUGCUCUUCCGGCUUACCCGUUUUUUUUUUCGAAACACAAGUACACAAAGAAUCGCCACCAGCUCCUACUCCCUCUCCAUAUUUAAUACAUACUUAAUUAACCUUGGCACCGUGUCAUCUCUGUAUUCCGAGUGUAGAUGUUAAUGCUUCCAAGGUUCCACGCAAGGUGACGAACAGAAAGCAGAAAUAAACAAAAAUCAACAAUGCGUCAUCGCAUUCAAUCAAAAAUCGAACAUGGA